AGUCCACAAAAUAUGGGAAGAGCUCCAUGCUGUGAGAAGCUGGGGCUAAGGAAAGGAAGAUGGACAGCUGAAGAAGAUGAGCUUCUGACCAACUACAUUCGCGAACACGGCGAAGGCUCUUGGAGAUCUCUGCCUAAAAAUGCAGGAUUGCUAAGGUGUGGAAAGAGUUGCAGACUGAGAUGGAUAAAUUAUUUGAGGGCUGAUUUGAAGAGAGGGAACAUCACUGCAGAAGAAGAGGAAACCAUUGUUAAGUUGCACAAUGCUUUUGGUAAUAGAUGGUCAUUGAUAGCCGAGCAUUUACCGGGAAGAACUGACAAUGAGAUAAAGAACUACUGGAAUUCUCAUCUGAGCAGAAAAAGUUACAGCUUCAGCAAGCAGCUUGGAAAAGAAUCAUCAACAAUGGUCCUGAACAACAUCACAAAGUUAGCUGCUCGAAACCGCAGAAGUGGCAGUGCCCGAACACGCCGAUCAGCAGCGAAAAUGCACAAGAACAUGAAUACAGACUCAACUGCAAAAAUGUCCCCAAUAAAGCCAGAGACUGGUCAUCUCAUGACAGUUCCUGAUCAUCAUCAGGUAGUUGAAUCAUUAGCCACAGAUCAAAAACCAAAUACUAGUAUUUUUCCUGGUACCAAUUUAGGAAAAGUUGAGAAGAGCAAGUUAUUGGGUUUGGAGAACUAUUCCUUGGGAACAAAAGAACAGGAAAAUGGCACAGAUUGUAGUGAAAAACAAACUCAAAGUGAAGAAAAGGAGAAGUUGGGACCAAAUGAAUGCGUAGACAGGGAAGUGAAGAGCCUUAAUUGUGUUAUUAAAGGUGGGGUUUUGGAUCAGCCAAGUGGGGAUAUUGCCCUUAAAGAGCAGAAAGAAUGUGUGAAUGAGAGUUGUACAGCCAAUGAAGGGAGAGAAAGUGAGGAAGUGAAAAGGGAUUUAAGUAAUGAGGCAACAAAGGAGAGAAGCAGCAGUUUGAGUAGAUCAAAUGGAGACCAGAGUGGGGAAUGGCACACUUUUUGCUCUUCAGCAAUGAAUUCAGGCUUUGAUGGUGAUGGAAGCUGGCUUGAUUGGAAUUGGGAAUGUUUUGUUGAGAGCCAUAAUGAUAACAACGUAUGGGACUUAUCAGAUUAUGAAGGGGAGAGUGUGUUUUCUUUAUGGGAAAGUGGCAUCACUGGAGGAUAUCUAGGAAACGACCCUGCGGAGAAAGUACUUCAAGUUGCGCAAAAACACAACUAG